UGCUGGAGCCGCGUCACAGACACUGCUCUGUUCAACGUCAGCAGGGGGAACCCGCAGGCAGCAGCAGGCAGUGUGAGAAGCAGGAUGCAUUUGGAAGCCGUGUUGACAUCAUCCGCCCGUCACGCUAAGCCUGUAGGACUCGCUCUACAAUAUGGCACGGCAGGAUUUCGGACUAAAGCAGAACAUCUGGACCAUGUUAUGUAUCGCAUGGGCUUGUUGGCAGUCCUGAGGUCAAAGAUUACGAAGUCUGUAAUUGGGGUUAUGGUCACUGCCUCUCACAACCCUGAGGAAGACAAUGGAGUGAAGUUAGUGGACCCCUUGGGAGAAAUGCUGGCUCAGGAAUGGGAGUUGUAUGCUACUAAUUUGGCUAAUGCAGAGCAGCAUGAAUUACAGACAGUGCUGAUGAACAUAAUAAAGCAGGAAGCUAUUAAUAUGAAAGAAGAAUCCUGUAUAGUUAUUGGCAGAGAUACACGGCCGAGCAGCGAAAACCUUUCCUCUGCAGUAAUAGAUGGAGUGACUGCUCUUGAGUCCAAAUACCAUGAUUAUGGUCUAGUGACUACACCACAGCUGCACUAUAUUAUCUGCUGUCGCAACACAAAUGGAGAAUAUGGGGAUCCAACUGUUGAAGGAUAUUACCAAAAACUGUCAAAAGCAUUUCAUGAAUUAGUCAAAGAGAAAUCUCUACCACUGCUGGCUUUUAUUGGUCACUCCUAUGCAAACCUUUGGACAUUUGCACUGCAGUAUCCACCAUACCUGGAUUAUUUGUACCAGCCAUCAAAAAACAAAGUUUUCCAGCUGUUAACAAGGUGCACAACAUCUGGAUCACUGUCUCACAGUUGUGGAGCUGAACUCAGGUGUUUGAAUGUCGAUGGCGCUAAUGGCAUUGGGGCUUUGAAGUUAAAGGAUAUGGAGCAGUACAUUCAGACUGUGCUCUCCCUCAAGCUGUUCAAUGAUGGCUCUAAAGGGAAACUGAACAGUAUGUGUGGAGCAGACUAUGUGAAAGUCCAACAGAAGCCUGCAGAGGGUUUAGACAUGAAGCCUGGAGAGCGGUGCUGUUCCUUUGAUGGGGAUGCUGACCGUAUUGUUUACUACUACAAUGAUGGUCAUAAUUGCUUUCACCUUCUUGAUGGGGAUAAAAUUGCUACAUUAAUAAGCACUUUUAUUAAAGAACUCUUAUUGAAGGUUGAUUUAACUCUAAAAAUGGCAGUUGUGCAGACAGCCUAUGCAAAUGGGAGCUCUACUCGUUACUUGGAAGAAGUUAUGAAGGUUCCUGUGUUCUGUGCAAAAACGGGUGUAAAACAUUUGCACCAUAAAGCACAAGAGUUUGAUAUUGGGGUUUAUUUUGAAGCAAAUGGUCAUGGAACAGUACUGUUUAGUAAAACAGCUGAAGAACAAAUAAAACAGCUGACUAAAGUGGGACCCACUGAGGAAACCAGAAAAGCUGCUCAGACGCUAGAACAUCUCAUUAAUCUAAUUAACCAGACUGUGGGAGAUGCCAUUUCUGAUAUGUUAGUCAUAGAAGCAAUCCUGUCCCUCAAGGGUCUGACUGUGCAGAAGUGGGAUGACAUUUACACUGACCUUCCAAAUCGCCAGCUGAAAGUAACGGUUGCAGACAGGAAAGUCAUUGAAACAACCGAUGCAGAGAGGCGCGCUGUAAAGCCACCAGGGCUGCAGGAGAAAAUUGACGACCUUGUCAAGACAUACAGUAUGUCCAGAGCAUUUGUUCGUCCUUCAGGCACAGAGGAUGUAGUUCGUGUCUAUGCUGAGGCGGACACCCAGGAAAAUGCGGAUGCCUUGGCACAUGAUGUAUGCUUGGCUGUCUUUCACCUUGCAGGAGGAGUUGGAGAUCAACCAAAGCCACUAAGAUGAACUGUGCCGGUGUUUACUUUAAAUGCUUGUAUGAAAGAUCUUUUAAAGUGCACAUUUCUGGAACUGGGGUUUAAAAGGUUCACACUUAUGGUGGCAGACUGUACAUUAUCGUAUAUGUAGUAGUAUAUUUUUCUUACACAGUACCUUCCAAAGCAUAUACAAUUAUACAACCAAUUGAACUUGUAAUACAAUACUUUGUAAUUUA